GCGAAGGGAGAGGCUUCCAUUUCUCACCAGGCUUUCUCCGCUCCCGUCGCAGGCCCGACCCCGACCACGUUGUUUUGAGGCCAAGCCCACCGCUCCGGACUGAGCACAGUGGGCGGGCGUGGGCUGCCAGCAAGUCCCUGGCCUGCAGGCCUUCCUGUCAAUGCCACCGAAGUGUUUCGGGCUCUGAGGUCCUUAGCUUUCCCUAAGGUGGGAAAACGAUACAUUGUCCAGGGGCAACUUCUUCUUUUUCUUCUGCUCUGAGCAGCCGUUUGACCCUCUGGUGGACUGCGUUCCCCGUGCCCCGGCGCCAGCCGUGUUCCUGACCCCAGAGUCAGUCAUUGCCGCACGGGGCCUGGCAGGCUCCGGACCCAUUUCCUGUCGCGGCCUAAGGGAAGCUGUUUGCCGCCAGGCCCGGGUGGGGACGGCAGGCGGCUGAGGGGCCGGCGGGCGCGGGGCCGAGCCCGCUGUGGGGGGCGGGGACGGCGCUCCCGGGACAGCUCCGCGCCUUGGGGCGGGACAGACCCAGGCUGGGAGCAGCGGGGCGCGCGGGGCCCCCAAGAUGAGGCCGGCGCUCGCCCUGUGCCUCCUCUGGCAGACGUUCUGGCCCCGGCCCGGGGGGGCCGAGCACCCCACGGCCGACCGCGCGGGCUGCUCGGCCUCGGGGACCUGCUACAGCCUGCACCACGCUACCAUCAAGCGGCUGGCGGCCGAGGAGGCCUGUACCCUGCGCGGCGGCGCGCUCAGCACGGUGCGCGGGGGCGCCGAGCUCCGCGCGGUACUCGCGCUCCUGCGGGCAGGCCCGGGGCCCGGAGGGGGCUCCAAAGACCUUCUGUUCUGGGUGGCGCUGGAGCGCCGGCCAUCCGACUGCACCCUGGAGAACGAGCCGUUGCGGGGUUUCUCCUGGUUGUCCCCCGACGUCAGCGGGUCGGAAAGCGACACGCUGCCGUGGGUGAAGGAGCCCCAACGCUCCUGCACGUCUCGGAGUUGCGCGGGACUCCAGGCCACCGGGGGAGUUGAGCCCAGAGGCUGGAAGGAAAUGCGAUGCCGCCUGAGAGCCAACGGCUACCUGUGCAAGUACCAGUUUGAGAGCUUGUGCCCCGCGCCCCGCCCCGGGGCCGCCUCUAGCUUGAGCUACCGCGCUCCCUUCCAGCUGUACAGCGCGGCGCUGGACUUCAGUCCCCCCGGCACCAAGGUGAGUGCGCUGUGCCCGGGUCAGCUCCCCGUCACAGCCACGUGCCUCGCGGACGAGGUCGGCGCCCGCUGGGACGGGAUACCCUCCGCGGCCGCGCUCUGUCCCUGCGCCGGGAGGUAUCUCCGUGCUGGCAAAUGUGCAGAGCUCUCUAACUGCCUAGACGAAUUCGGAGGCUUUGCCUGCGAGUGUGCUGAGGGCUUCGUGCUGGGGAAUGACAGACGCUCUUGUGUAACUAAUGGGGAAGGACAGCCUACCCCUGGGGGAACCAAGGUGCCCGUCAGGCACCUGCCGGCCACUGCAGCCAGCCCCUUGCCGAAGAGAACACGGUCACCCAGGGUCCACGAGAAGCCAGGAGAAAUACCCCAUGUCCCGGCACAAGGCAGUUCAGCAACAUCUAUUCCCAAGAUUCCUCAGUGGGGAGCACAGAGCACAACAUCUACACUUCAAAUGUCCCCUCAAGCCAAGUCACAGGCCGCCAUCACCUCUUCAGCAAGCGUGAUCCCCAAGUUUAACUCCACGUCUCCCUCCACCAUUCCCCAGGCUUUCGAUUCCUCCUCCACCGUGGUCUUCAUCCUUGUGAGCAUAGCGGUAGUAGUGCUGGUGAUCUUGACCAUGACAGUACUGGGGCUUUUCAAACUCUGCCUCCACAAGAGCCCUUCCUCCCAGCCAAGAAAGGGGGUUUUGGCCCAUCGGGGUGUGGAGGGUGAAGCAGAGGCCCCUGCUUCUCACUCCAGUUCUGCACAUUGCACAGACAAUGGGAUGAAGGUCGGGGACUGUGGUCUGCGGGACAGAGCAGAGGGCACCUCAUUGACAGGGUCGUCUCUUGGUUCUAGCGAAACUUAAGGAAACGGGACACUGAGCACUUCUUGUGAGCAGUUUUUCAGUGUAAAGGGAAAAGAAAAGAGGAACUUGUUUGUGGACCUGAUGAUUCCUACAGAAAUCUCCCUUCCCCUAAAUUUCCACUGCUCCACUGAGGAGUUAAAUCUGAACCGGACACUCAUUCCCUGAAAGUGGAAGAGGGUGGAAGUGCCUUAGGGUACAUAGGACUGGGGGCCGGGAUCCUGCUGGGGAGAAGUAUUUUCUUACAUUUGUUCUGCGGGGUUGGGACAAGUGGUUGUACUUUUUAAGACACUGGAAACAAAUAGAAAACUACAAUUAAAAAAAAUUUAUUUUUUAUCUAAAUGGAAAGGCAACCUUUCAUGUACAUUGUUCGGGCUGGGAAUAUGUUGGUUUGAAAUUCAAAGGCAAAAAAACAAAAGGUUGUUGAUAACGCAGACUCAAAUAUCAUUGGUUUCCUGGAGGAGCGAUUAUACAGGGAGAAGAGCUGAGAGGCUGGUGGGAAUAGCAACAAGAGCGCAUCCUACAUUUAGACUGAAGGGUAAAUCUUCAAGUCCUUGUAAUAAGGAGUAGGUCUUUAAGAACUAGUAACUUUGUCCUUGGUUCUUUCAUACUUUGAAAGUCACUGCUACUUGUGUGCUCUGCUAUAAAUCCAAACUGUAUUGAUGCCAGAGUUGCUGCCUCCAGAAUCAAAUUAGAGUUGACCGCCAAUUCAAGUGUUAACUGUGUGUCCUUGCUCAAGGAAACAAAUGAUUUGUGUUUUCCUCUUCCAGUGUUUAUGCUCUCCAAUGUAACAACCUCCCCAAUCAAAUAACUCUCUUCUAAACAUCAGGAUGCUGAUCCUCACUUCCAAUUAUGGCAAUGUUAAAUUUCAAUUAAAACGUUAAUGCUAAGUAUUGAUUUGAAAUCUCCUGGGUGCAUUAAAGCAAAAGUAAGCUGGAUUUCCUCAAAAGUUGCUAGGUUCUUGUGCACUGUUGAAUCCAGGGAAAAAUUUGAAUUCCAUGCCAUUUCCUAAACCCCGCUAAUGAAAAUGUGUUCAGGGACCACACAUGCCCAUCUUGGAAUGAUUACAAUUUAACAAGAGUCUACAUGGACAAAGAUGUGGCAAACAGCUUUCCAUGGGAUUUAACAGUACAAGAAAUAAGUGGUGAAUAAAAAUAUCUAUCAUUUGUUGGACUUGGGGUAUCAGGAAGUAACCUAGAUGAAGAAGAAUUCCUCUAAAGACAAUUAAGAUGUAAUAAUAAUCAUCACUAUCUAGAAGAAUUGAGACCCCCAGAAAAAUCACACUUCUAUUAGUAUACUAAGACUUUAAAACUGUGUAGGGGUUGGUGCAUAGAAAGAGGUAGAGAAACAAACUGAGUAACCAGGAAGAAUGAAAAUGGUAGGUAAUUUACCCUGUAUUUUCAUAGAACCAUUUUGAUGUUCUUGAGUGUGCAAUGUAUAAUAUAUAUU